AUGCAUCGCACAAUCUUUUUCCUGUGUGUGCCUCUCGUUUGCUUCUUAUUAAUCUCGACCAGCUUAUACUUGGGUCGCGAUCACAUCACUCGGUUAUCAGAGACGUACCUUCCUCUUUACGCCCCAAAUCUGGUAGCGACCACGUCUACAGUAACAAUAUCCUCUCCUUCCAGUUCGACGUCAACGUCGAAAUCAUCAUACACGGUUUAUGCUGAAAAGGUUUCUUCAUCCACCAUCAGCUCUUAUACAACAACUGCAACAGUAUCCUCUACAACUACCUCCGCUACAUCAAUAAACUCCGCCAUUCCGAUAAAAAAUGGCUCUAUACUCUCUACCGAGCGCAUCACACCUUAUAUUCACGCCAUCCUCGAUCCCUCAUCCAAAGAGCGCCCACGACUAGAAUGCCCUCCAUUGGACACCAAGCGAUACCAAGAACUCAAAAAGACACACGCCACCCACGACAACGACGAAGAUGAGGAACCCAUUGACUUUUACUUCGCCCUUAAUCUGCGCAACGUCGUCAACCUGCUCCCUCGUCUCAUGGGCAGUAUUGUUGAGACGAUAAAGUACCUUGGACCUGAACGAUGCGCCCUUUCAAUCGUCGAGGGCAAUUCCCCCGAUGGCACAGCUGAUGUCCUUGACGCUUUACACCCCUUCAUGGAGGAAUUGGGAAUAAGAUACUUUUACAACAAUUCAGCCAUCAACCCUUCCAAAGGUGCGCGUAUCCGCAAGUUGGCACAAUUACGCAAUUUGGCUCUUGAGCCGCUGUUUAAGAAGAAGGUGCCGGCCUCGGAUCAGACGACCGUUCUCUUCAUCAACGAUGUUGCAGCAUGUCCUGACGAUAUACUUGAGCUGGCAUACCAGCGUCGCAACCUCAAUGCCGAUAUGACCUGCGCUAUGGACUUUACUUACGCGGGUCCCGAUCCGACCUUUUACGAUGUCGCGAGAACACUUGCCGGAGACACUUUCUUUCCCAUCCCCAAGGACGGCUCAUGGGAUGACGCAUGGGAUCUAUUCAGAGGAAACAGAGAAGCACGAAUGGCAUACGACGCCCAUCUUCCCUUUCAAGUAUUCGCAUGCUGGAACGGCGCAACAGCAUUCACAGCAGCCCCGAUCCUGAACGGCCUACGAUUCCGCGACCCUAAAAAGGACGAAUGCUUCCAAGGCGAACCCCAACUAUUCUGCAAAGACUUAUGGCACAAGGGAUACCGGAAAAUUGCCGUCGUGCCCAGUGUUAGUCUGGAGUACACAAAUGCGAGGGGCAAGGACAUCAAGAAACUCAAGGGUUUUACGAAUGAAGUCGUGCAGCACAUGGAUGAGAGCAAGGCGAAUAUUAAUUGGCAGUACGAGCCACCAGAGAAGGUCAAGUGCAUGCCUACUUUUGAUCGCCAGACUUGGCUUCCCUGGGAUGAGUCAUUGAAGGACCGAAGACGAUAA